AUGAGCGACGGAUACAGAUCGAAGUCCCCAGGUGGACCAGGUGGUUUAGUGGACUCGGCGCACUCUUCGCGACGACGGAAAUAUCCAGUGAAGGAAAGAGAGACGGCGCAGUGUGGUGGGGAAUCACUGACUCAUGUCAACAAUGGCACUACGAGGGUAUUAUCCGGUGACAUCUUCAUCCCGCUGCGUCCUUCUCAGAAGGCGGUGAGGCCGCCCGAAAGCCCUGGAGCUGCCCUUCGUUCCCCCAUCACCACCUUCUGCCGGUCGCACUUGCCCUCUUUUGCUCUCUCGUGGACGCCGCCGAAGCUCUUCCCAUAUCUUCCGACCCGUUCGUUCGGGAAAAUGAGCGUCGAAUCAUUUGUGGCAGAUCCUUUAACGGUCCUCCCCCCGGAAAUUGUGCUCCGCAUCCUGGAGUUCUCCCCCGUGUCCGCUGUUGCAUCUCUCAUCGCGGUGUCCAAGGCUUGGCACCGAUUUAUCGACGUCACGCACCAACAAGCUAUCUACGGUUCCGAAUCCAAGACCACACAGCCGGCCGGCGGCGUCCGCGAUUUUGCCUUCCUCUCAGAUACCCGAAGUGUCUCGAACUACUUCAGCGGCACCACAUCAUGGAAGGACCUUUGUAAACGCCAGACGUUGCUUGCCCGCAACUGGGCUGCGCGGCAGCCAAUCAGCCGGGAAACAGUGCUUCAGGUCGGCAACGACCCAGUCUGGCGGUUUCGGGCAGAUUUCAAGCGGCGGUUUUUUAUUUCCACCUCCCAUGCGGGUGGGUUGAAUGUUAUCGACAUGGACUCAGGCCGAAUCCUUUGGCGCCUCCCCUCCACCCUUGAUCGCGACGAGGAUGCGGUUCGCCCGUAUGCUCAUUUGGAGUAUCAGGAUGGAAUGGCAGUCUUUGAUCGCGAAGGAGAUGCUGUGGAGGUCUGGCAGACGGGGUUGGAUGGCACGGCUCACGGAGAGUUUCGGCGCAUGGCGAUACUAAAUCAUGAUUGCCAGACAAGGGGCUUUCAGUUGUCCUACUGGACGCUCUGUGUGGUCUCAAAUGAGGGACAGGGGUUUGUGUAUGACAUGAGCGAGCGACCUCCGGUAUUGACCACCCGCCUGGAGAUCGAGCCAGGUGCCAUUGGCCAUUUGGACCAGAGUGAGGACGCCGUGAUUUAUUCACUUGGAACAAAAGGCUACUAUGUCUAUGAUAAACAAUCUGGCGCCCUGUUAGGCACUUUGCAGCCGUCUAACUGCACAGAUAAAUAUCACAUUUGCCCCCCUCCUGCUGCGUCUUCUGCAAUCCCCUCGCUAGCUGGAGUUACCCAACAGCCUUCAACCAACCAAUUGGAUCCCUCCACAGUGUCUCGUAAGGAUGGGCUCAUGCCAAUCGAGAUCGUCAAGGGGCCUCUCCUACCACCACCUGACCCGGAACACAUCUGGCAUGGAGAAAACGAAUGGGGAGCAGGUAUGCUCUGUGGUGAGCUUUUUGUCGGCUUCUCACGCGCUGGUCGGGUCUUCAUCUGCCCUGACUGGCGCAAAGCCCUCCAUGACCAUACCAACCUCGCAGCACAUAGCACGCUCCUUGAAUGCGAGUCGGACGGUUCCAGUUUCGAUCUAGGCGGUUGGUUAUCGGUUCGCGACCACCGUUUGAUGUUCGAAAUUCAAGAUCGGAUAUAUAUUGUCUCGUUGGAUAAGAACAACCGGGUUCAAGACCUUGGUCAUCCUGAACGUGCUUCCUUCUCGCUGCUCGCCAGCUCUGCCCCACAACUGGCUGUCCCUGUUAGUUUCAUGGCAUUAUGUGAUGAUGCCAUCAUGACUACCUACACGACCCUUGGCUGGCGCCAAUCUCCUUCCGAUCUCCCAGGUGGUAUUCCCCCACCGCAACACGAACAUCCUGCUCGUAUCUUCCCGACCAAAGCGAUCCGUAUUGUGAGCCUAGCUCCUGACAUUUCCAAUUCGAAAUCAGCCUCGGCCCCUUUGAGUGGUACCCAUUUCUUAGAAGGCCCGAUGAGCAGAGCUCAAUCCGGCUCAGGCCAACCUACAGAUGAGACGUUCCAGUCGCAAGCAGCGCUGUUGCAGUUGGUUAGUUUACUGGGGGAUGAACCUGUCGAAUGGGAAGACGAGGGUGACUUUGAAAAUGAAGAAUAA